CAAGAAGCUCCCCAGCGGGUCCAGGCUGAUCUUUCUCCGUGCUCCUCUCGUUUAAUCUCUUGGGGUUUUGACAUCUGUUAACCAUGGCAACGAAAGUCUUGCCAUUUUAUCAGCGGAAACACAAGCACUUUGGCCGUGAUUAUCGGAGUGCUCAAUCUAAAUAUGUGGUCCAGGAAUACUCAGCCUCUUCAGCAAGUUAUGGACGGGGGGUUUCUGAACAUGAGGCCACUGAUUACUACCAGCAUCAAGUGAAUAAAAGAGUUCAUCAAGUGGUCGACAAGAAGAUGUCUUCCACGGAGAAGUACAUCCGUGAGGAAUCGAUGAUCAGGGGUCCCGAGUUCCUGGUGAGACUGAGGUCACACACUGUGUGGGAGAACAACCCUGUGAAGCUCUUCUGCACUGUACAUGGAUACCCCACUCCUGCUCUCAGAUGGUACAAGGACGAUGUCAUCAUCGAUACAGUAGGACAAGUGGGAAAGUAUAAGGUCCAGAGCAACUACGGAGUCCACAGUCUGGAGAUCCUCAGGUGCUCCCCUGAUGACACUGCUAUGUACACAGCUGUGGCCACUAAUGCACAUGGCCAGGCCUCAUCACAGGCCUCUGUGAUCGUAAAAAGAUGCCGCGGGGAAGAGGAGUCCUGUCUCUACGCCUGGCUCCCUUAUGAGUUUUCCAUGCUGCCGGAGAUCAAGUACACUAAGAUCGAAAUCACCUUCCUGGAGACGUUCGAUGUGAAGUUUAAGGCAGAAGGAGAAAGUGUUACCCUGACCUGCAAGAUGAUAAUUAACCCAAACCUGGCCAACCUGCAACCUGAGGCCCUCUGGCUCCGCGACGAUCACCUUCUGAAGGAAUCUAAGUGGGCAAAGAUGGAGUCGGGUGGCGGCAUUGCCCGACUGACCCUACCCGAGCUCUACAAGGAUGACGAAGGCCUCUACACCCUACGCAUGGUGACAAAGGGGGGCACUGCCCAGCACAGUGCCUACGUCUUUGUGCAAGAUGGCCCCCCUCCAGUCCCCAAAGCCCCUGGUGCUCCCAUGGACAUCAAGAUUCAUGACGCCAACAGGGACUACGUCAUCGUGUCCUGGAAGCCCCCUAACACCACCACAGAGGGGCCCAUCAUCGGUUACUUUGUGGACAGAUGUGAAGUGGGAACUGAAAACUGGGUUCAGUGCAAUGACUCUCCAAUCAAGAUCUGCAAAUACCCCGUGUCUGGCUUGUUUGAGGGCCACUCCUAUUACUUCCGCGUGCGAGCUGUAAACUCUCAUGGAAUCAGCAAGCCCUCUAAGAUCUCCGAGCCCAUUGCUGCCCUCGACCCAACUGAAUUUGAAAGACUAAAAGCAAUGAAGCUUGGUGGAAAUCUUGAUGUUGUGACUUUCCAUGAUGACCUUGAAGCAGGUGAGGGCACAGCACCAGGAGCUCCUUCCCACGUCCACUCCUCAGAAACAGACCGAACAUAUGUGGUGCUCAGCUGGCAGCCACCUGAUUACCGUGGACGGGCACCCAUGUGGUACUACAUUGAAAAGUGUCUGGUGGACAGCGGUUCUUGGCAGCGAGUGAACACCCAGGUGCCCGUGAGGUCCCCACGCUACGCAGUUUUCGACCUGGCUGAGGGAAAGGAGUACCAGUUUCGCGUGCUGUCAGCCAACAUCUAUGGCACCAGCGAGCCGUCCAAACCCACCGGACCCAUCAAAACCCAGGAGCUUCGUGGUGUUCCCUCGGCGCCUGGUCAGGUGGUUUCCACUAGAGACACAAAAACGUCCGUUCUUGUGCAAUGGGCUCCACCUAAAGUCCCCAACAACCUCAUUGGCUACUACAUCGACUCCUGUGUAAAGGGCACAAAUGACUGGGUCUCCUGCAAUCACAAGCCGAACAAGGACACCAGGUUUGUGGUUCACGGACUGAAGACGGGGGAGACUUACGUGUUCCGUGUGCAGGCCAUCAACGAGAUAGGGCUGAGCGACGAGUCCCAGGAGUCUUCGCCCCUGUCCGUACAGGCUGCUCUCGAAAAGCCUUCAGCCCCCUACAACAUCGCAUUGUUGCACUGUGAUGGCACCUCCAUGAUUCUCAGCUGGAAGCCACCCAAGCGUUCUGGGGGAGCUGAGGUCACCGACUACUAUAUUGACAAGCGUGAGGUGUCCCAUCAUCACUGGAGAGAGGUCAACAUCAAGCCUACAAAGGAAAGACUUUUCAAGGUGGAGAAUCUGAAGAGCGGUGCCCUGUAUGAGUUCAGGGUUCACGGGGCCAGUCUCGCUGGAGUCGGGGCACCAUCUGAGAUCAGCAAACCCUUCCUCUGUGAUGCCUGGAACAUGCCGGAACCAGGCCCAGCGUAUGACUUGAGCUCCUGUGAGGUGAGGAACGAUUCUGUGGUCAUUGAAUGGAAGCCCCCCGUGUACACGGGCCACAGUCCUGUCACCGGCUACUUUGUGGAAAAGUGCAAGAAGGGCUCGGACCAAUGGAGCGCUGUAAAUGAGACGGCCGUCAGCCACUGUUACCUGAAGGUCUGUCAAUUGGAAGAAGGUCAAUCCUAUGUCUUCAGGGUGCGUGCACAGAAUGCACAUGGUGUCGGCAAGCCUUCCACCUCCUCAGACUCUGCGUGCAUAAAGGCGUUGCCAGGCACCAAGGAGAUUGUGUGCGGCGUGGACAAGGAGACGGGAGACCUCUACAUGUUGUUUGAGAGCUGCGAGAUGUCGGAGAAGUCAGAGUUCAUCUGGAAGAAGUCCUACCAAGAAAUCACAGACUUCUCCAAAGGAAUAGUUGUCAAAACAGAAGGCAAUCACUCUAAGCUUAUUUUCAAGAAUCCUGACAUGGAAGACAUUGGAACCUUCUCCAUUUCUGUUUCUCACACCGACGGUGUUUCUGCAAGCUACCAUAUUGCCAAAGAAGAAAUGGAGAAAAUUCUUGCCCAAAGCUAUGAAAUCAGAAACCCAAUCAUUCCUCUGAAGUCCGAGCUGGCCUACAAGAUUGUAGAGAGGGGGCGCGUGCGCUUCUGGGUGCAGGCCGAGAGCAUCUCCUCUGCUGUCACGUAUAAGUUCUUCGCCAACAGCAAGGAAGUCGUCAACAGUGAGCAAUACAAGAUGAGUCACGACGUUUCCACCGGCAUCAUCGAGAUGGUGCUGGAUCAUUUCACCAUGGAGAGCGAGGGCACUUACGCCGUGCAGAUUCAGGAUGGCAAGGCCAAGAACCAGUCCUCCCUGGUUCUCAUCGGAGAUGCUUUUAAGUCAGCUCUGGCGAAGGCUGAGUACCAGAGGCGGGAGUACAUCAGAGUGAAAGAAGGCCCGCACUUCACGCAGUUCCUGUCCGUGCAUGUGGGAGACGACUGCUCCGUCACACUUGUCUGCCAGGUAGCUAAUCUGAAGAAGGAGUCCGUGUUCCACUGGUACAAGGAUGAUGAGGAAAUCAUCCCUGAUGUGAAACCUGAUUUGACAUCUGGAGUGUGCAAGCUUCCUCUUCCUCUGUUCUCAAAGAAACACCAGGGCAUUUAUAAAGCCACAAUCAGUGAUGACCGAGGGAAAGAUGUGUCCCAGGUUGACAUCUCUGGAAAAGUGUUUGACGGCAUCAUCAAUGACCUUUCCCGCAUUGCUGGAUCGUCGGCAGCGGAGCUGGUAAUCCAGUGCACUGCAGAAGGCAUCAGACUCCAGUGCAGUAUGAAAUACUACACAGAGGAGAUGAGGAUCCAUUGGUUCCACAAUGGGAACAAACUGUCCGCUUCAGAGAGGCUGAGAGUCGGAGGCACCCCAGAGAAGGCUUGCAUGGAGAUUGUCGAGCCCACUGAGAAGGACAAGGGCCAGUACACCAUUGAGAUCAUGGAUGCAGAGAAGACGUACUCUCGCUCAAUUGAGCUCUCUGGACAAGCCUACGAUAACGCCUAUAUGGAGUUCCAAAGGCUCAAAGCUGAGGCGUUCGCAGAAAAGAACCGCGGCAAAGUGGUCGGUGGCUUGCCGGAUGUUGUUACUAUCAUGGAGAAGAAGACCCUGAGCCUGACCUGCACCGUGUGUGGUGACCCCAAGCCCCAGGUCACAUGGUACAGCAAUGACAAGGAAGUGGAGCCUGAUGACCAUUUUGUGGUGGCCCUGGACUCGGGAAGGUUCGCCAGCCUCACCAUCAAAGGUGUAUCCCUGGAGGACUCGGGCAAGUACACGAUGGACGUGCACAACAAGUACGGCGGCGAGGCCGUGGACAUCACCGUCAGCGUGUACAAGCACGGUGACAAGGUGCCCGACGUGAAGCCCACCAUGUCACCCAAGCGCGUCGUGCUCAACAAGGUCUCAAUCCCUAUCCCCGCUCCAGCCCCCGCCCCCACCCCAGCCCCGGCUCCUAAAACCCCAGCAGCCGCUGCCAAACCCGCCGGCCGCGGUCCACCCCCCCUGAGAAGGAAGUAAAAAACACAUAUAUGCAAUAUAAAGCUAAGUGUUGUGGUGUGCCAAGUGUAAGGGAGCAGCACAGCAGCCAAAAACGAUUAAUUUAUUAUAACACAAGUCUUACAAAGAAAAAAAGAAUUACAGAGACGUAGAUGCAGCCAUUUUUCACUGACACGGCAGCGGCAUUGUCAUCUUAUUCCCUCAAAUAUCUCAGCGGGUGUCUUAAAGCAGAGCAAGGCGAGGGUGCCGAGAGCCAAGUUAUAUUUAGUGCGUCGGAAGCUCGGCUUCGUGAGGCCGAUCGGAGCUGCGGAACAGUUUGUCAUCGGGGCUUUCCUAAGCAGAGAAGGGACUCUAAUGAACUUGGCUCCCCUCUCCCUAGAGGCGCUUUGGUGAAAAAUGACCAGCUUUGAUGUUCAGUUUAUUAAAUCUCUGUUUUAAAAGGGCCGCACUUUCAAUUAGCUCGGCGAAGCUCUCGGAGUGUUCCCAUGCUCCGUUUGAAAGGAUAACCCCGGAGCGCUGCACCUCGGCUUGGGGCCUCGCGGUAGCCCAUGGCACAACCGCCUCCACCUCCCCCCCCUCCCCCAUUACAGCUACCCUCCCCAACACGCGAGUAAAUCACGUUAUAACCCUUCACAGUGCCAUGUUCCUCUUCUUGCUCUGUGUUAAUAAAAUUAAAUGGUAACCAC